AUCGGGUUCGAUAUUCCAAUGUACUCGACAUGUAAACACGACGUGGGGAUCAAUGCGGUGCGGAUGAGGGAAUAAGAAUCUCUAUUAACAUGGAAAGUACAGGACCAGAGAGACCUGUUAGAAUCGACGAAGUCAAUGACUUCUUCACUUACAUUGCCACGAUUGACUGGACAGAGAAGUGGCUGAUAGCACUCUUCAUGUUCCAUAUCACCUGUUUCUUCCUGAUCCUUGUCACUCGUAGAAGUGGAGCAAUCCAGGCUGUUAUAUUUGUUAUUUUACUUUUGUCUGUGUAUUUUGCUGAGAAUUUAAAUGAGCUGGCAGCUAAAAAUUGGAAACUUUUUACGAAGGAGCAGUACUUUGACAGCAAUGGGUUGUUCUUCUCUACUGUUUAUUCCACACCUGUCCUGUUCAACUGUCUGUUUUUGCUGGUAAGUAUUUAACUAGCGUUACUAUCU